UAAUCCUCGUGACUCAAUUUGACACUGGGCGGUCAAGAUCCGAUCUGCCAAAUCAAAUCGAAUCGAUAUUCUAACUCGCGGCCGCCAACCAAGUGGAAGAGGAUGAUGGAUCCGGCUACCACACAGCUCGGUAAAAUGCUGCUGGACGAGAUCACGCCCGUCGUCAUGGUGCUCCGUACUUCUCUCGUCGAAGAAUCUUGCCUCAAGAACGGCCUCUCUUUGGCCCAGAUGCUCUCUCCUUUCUGCAACUUCACUAACAUCGACGUGCCGGUAAGGACUGCAAGUGAUCAACCCUACAGGCUACAUAAAUUCAAGUUACGAUUGUUUUAUGAGUCUGAUAUUCGUCAGCCAAAUUUAGAGGUAUCAAAGGAGCGUUUGAAGCAAGUUAUUGCCCAGGCUGGGGAGAAAGACUUUUCUGAAUUGGGUUCAGACCCUCCUCAAAUUAGUAAUGUAGUUGGUAGAUCUGAAUCUGAAAUUUUGCCAUCUUGGUUUCAGAUUUUUAAUAAAGAGCUCAUACAUACAGUGUCCUUUUCAGAGCAUGAAGCUUUUGACCAUCCUGUGGCAUGUCUUCUGGUUGUUUCUUCUCAGGAUGAACAGCCUAUCAACAAAUUUGUUGAUCUUUUCAACACCAACAAGAUGCCCUCUCUUAUUAAUGAUGGUGCGAUGGACCCAAAGAUUAUGAAGCAUUAUUUAUUAGUGCAUGAUAAUCAAGUUGGAUCUUCAGAGAAGGCAACUAAAGUCUUGAGUGAGAUGAAAAGUACUUUUGGCCCUAAUGAUUGCCACUUGCUGUGCAUUAAUUCUUCUCAAGAUGGUGAAAUGGAACAUCAAGAUAACCCUUGGGCUUCUUAUAAAUCUGAUGCUUCACCUAGUCAGCGUCUUGGUUGUUUCCUUAACAUUGAUGAUUUUAAUGAGAUAAAAGAUCUAAUGCAAGAAUUAACAUCUAAACACGUUAUUCCUUACAUGGAGCAAAAGAUACGUGCACUUAACCAACAGGUUUCUGCUACAAGGAAAGGUUUUCGAAACCAAAUAAAAAACUUAUGGUGGAGGAAAGGAAAAGAAGACACAUUAGAUUCCUCCAAUGGUCCUAUGUAUACAUUCAGCUCCAUUGAAUCUCAGAUUAGAAUAUUGGGCGACUAUGCCUUCAUGUUACGAGAUUAUGAGCUUGCAUUGUCAAACUAUCGCUUAAUAUCCACAGAUUACAAGCUUGAUAAAGCCUGGAAGCGCUAUGCUGGUGUGCAGGAAAUGAUGGGGCUUGCAUACUUCAUGUUGGAUCAAUCGAGAAAGGAAGCGGAGUAUUGCAUGGAAAAUGCAUUUAGUACUUAUUUGAAAAUUGGGUCAUCGGGCCAGCAAAAUGCCACAAGGUGUGGUCUUUGGUGGGUAGAGAUGCUAAGGACACGAGAUCAGUAUAAAGAGGCUGCCACCGUUUACUUCCGUAUCUGCAAUGAGGAACCUUUACAUUCAGCUGUUAUGCUUGAGCAAGCAUCUUAUUGCUAUUUGUUGUCAAAGCCACCAAUGUUAAACAAGUAUGGUUUUCAUCUUGUUCUUUCUGGCGAUCGUUAUAAAAAAUGUGAUCAGAUCAAACAUGCAAUUCGUACAUAUCGAAGUGCCGUCUCUGUUUAUAAAGGGACUACAUGGAGUCACAUCAAAGAUCAUGUCCAUUUUCACAUUGGACAGUGGUAUGCUUUUCUUGGAAUGUAUGAUGUUGCUGUUGCGCACAUGUUAGAGGUCCUGGCCUGUAGUCAUCAGUCCAAGACAACCCAAGAGCUUUACCUGAGGGACUUUCUUCAAACUGUUCAGAAAACAGGUAAAACAUUUGAGGUACUGAAACUUCAGUUGCCGAUUGUCAAUGUUUCAUCACUUAAGGUCUUUUUUGAAGAUCAUCGAACAUAUGCAUCAGCAGCAGCUGCUAGUGUUAGGGAAAGUUUGUGGAGUUUGUUAGAGGAGGACAUUAUUCCAUCACUGUCUACUGCUAGGAGUAAUUGGCUGGAACUACAGUCAAAGCUUAUCCCUAAGCAAUACAAAGAAUCAAACAUUUGUGUGGCAGGAGAAGCAGUAAAAGUUAAUAUUGAAUUCAAAAAUCCUUUGCAAAUCCCUAUUUCCCUCUCGAGUGUUACUUUGAUAUGCGAGCUUUCUCCAAAAUCUGAUGAAGCAAAUACUGAUGCAUGUAACUCAACCAUUGAGCUUCAAAAAGAGGAAGAAUUAAGAAGUUCUACUGCCAUAGGGGAUAUGAGUUCUGGUGUUUCUUCAUUAACUUUGUCUGAGGCUGAUGUUCUGUUAGAAAGUGGUGAAGCAAUUUUGGUACAACUAACUGUUACUCCCAAGGUUGAAGGCAUUUUAAAAAUUAUUGGCGUUAGAUGGAAACUAUCAGGUUCUGUUGUUGGUUUGUAUAACUUCGACACUACGGUUGUCAAGAAGAAAAUUGCAAAGGGAAGACAAAGGACAAAGUCUUCUCCUAUCAAUGACUUGAAGUUUCUGGUUAUCAAGAGUCUACCCAAGCUUGAGGGCUUCAUUCGUCAUCUGCCAGAAAGAGCAUAUGCUGGAGAUUUGCGGCACUUAGUUUUGGAGUUGAAGAACCCAUCAGAAAUUUCUGUGAAGAAUCUGAAGAUGAAAAUCAGUCAUCCAAGACUCCUUUGUGUCGGGAAGCAGGAUGAAUUGAUGAAAAAAAUUCCUGCUUGCUUAGAAAGGAAGACAGUUGCUGAACAAAGUGGAGCUCUUGGCAACUCUCGUAAAAUGCCUCAAGCUCUGUUUGUAUUUCCAGAGGACAUUACAGUACAUGGCAACACUCCUUUAUUGUGGCCUCUCUGGUUUCGGGCUGCUGUUCCUGGAAAUAUUUCCUUGUUGAUAACAAUAUAUUAUGAGAUUGGAAAUAUGUCAAGUUUCAUAAAAUACCGAACCCUACGAAUGAGUUAUAAUUUGCAGGUUUUACCAUCAUUGAAUGUCACAUAUCAAAUUAGUCCCUGUCCAUUGAGAUUGCAGCAGUUCCUUGUGCACAUGGAUAUUUUAAACCAGACCAGUUCAGAGAGUUUCCAGAUUCAGCAGUUAUCAGCUGUUGGGGACCAGUGGGAAAUUUCGUUGCUUCAACCUUUUGAUGUCAUCUUUCCUUCAAAUUCUUUAUUUACUGGUCAAGCUUUAUCAUGUUUUUUCAUUCUUAAGAAUCAUGGCAAAUUGGUGACUUCUAAAGAUGAAAGCUCAUCUCUUUCCCCUCCUCUCCCCGGGAGUGAUGUAAAUCUUCAGGGAAGCAAUGACAUGCUUAUUGAUGUAUCUUGCUCACCUUUGGCUGAUUUUCACAAUUGUGAAAGGUCACAAGGAGUGUCUUCCCAGGAUGACACAAAUACAGUUGACUUCAUUUUGAUAUCUCGGCUGCCAAAGACUGAUGGGGUUUCCAAUUCACAAAAGCUAUUUUCUCACCAUGCAUGCCAUUGCAGUACAUUGAGCACAAGUCCAAUAACAUGGCUGAUUGAUGGACCUCAGACUACACAUCAUAAUUUCAAUGUUUCUUUCUGUCAAAUAAGUUUAAGGAUGACACUUCACAACUCAUCAGAUACAGUUGCGAAUGUGUGUGUCAACACCUUUGAUUCCCCAAGUGGUAGUGAUCAGUCAAGCGGUGCAAGCACAACACAAUCAUCUGUUCCUUCUGGAAACCAAUCAGGGUGGUAUGAAGUGCGUGCAUUGCCUGAAAUUAAAGUUACAUCAAGUAUUCCCAGAAUUGAAGUUGGAAAAUCGUCAUUACCAUUACCAGAAAGUGUUUCCCCUUUUAUUUGGUCUGGAUCAAGUGCUACAAGUGUCCGCCUUGAGCCUAAGUCAACAGCCAAAAUUCCACUCGCAAUUUGUGUAUUUUCUCCUGGAACAUAUGAUCUAUCAAACUAUUCAUUGAAUUGGAAUCUUUUGGGUGUUAAUGAUCAAGGAAGCAAAGAGGCAACUACGCAGUCUUCAGGUACCUGCCAAGGGUAUCCAUAUUUUCUGACCGUUCUACAAUCUGCUUGAACCUUUGGUUUUGUUGGCUGCCUUCCACCACUCUCAGGUAUGCCAUCCAGGAUGUAUUAAAUUUGUAACUUCCAUUUGUAAAUUAUUAUGUUUUGGUGUAUAUUUUUCUUGUUCUUUUUUACAACAAAAGGAAUAGUGAAAAAGCUUAGCAAAAGCAGGAAACAGGUGACGAUUCUUUUCUAGUUCUUCAAGAGUAAAAAUAAUUUACGUCCAGUUGAUGUAAUCGAACUCACCUUUGUUGAAUAGAGAUUUUGAACCAUUUUGCC